UCAACAGCAACGUCUUUCGAGAAGUUAUAGGCGCUGUUUGCGACAUUUUUCUUUCUUUAUCCGUCAUCCAAUGUUUUGUGUAAUGAAAUAACACGUUGGUUAGCGAGUAAUUUCGAUCCUAGUGUUCAUAGUCGUAAUUAAGUAACCGCUAGAUUACGAUUAAUUCUAAUAUGGGCGACGAAAGCCACCCGAAAACUCUCUACGUCGGUAAUUUAGACGCGAGUGUCACAGAAGAUUUUCUAUGCGCGUUGUUCGGCCAAAUUGGCGAAGUAAAAGGUUGUAAGAUAAUCCGUGAGCCCGGAAAUGAUCCUUAUGCGUUUCUCGAGUUUACGAAUCACUCAGCGGCGGCUACGGCCCUGGCCGCCAUGAACAAGCGAGUGUUUCUGGAGAAGGAGAUGAAGGUUAACUGGGCGACAAGUCCCGGGAACCAGCCCAAGACGGACACUAGCAACCACCACCACAUAUUCGUCGGCGACCUGUCGCCGGAGAUCGAAACGCACAUACUGCGAGAGGCUUUCGCGCCCUUCGGAGAGAUCUCAAACUGCCGGAUAGUCCGCGACCCACAAACGCUCAAAUCUAAGGGGUACGCGUUCGUUUCGUUUGUGAAGAAGGCUGAUGCAGAAGCGGCGAUCCAGGCUAUGAACGGACAGUGGCUAGGGUCGAGAUCCAUACGUACGAACUGGUCGACACGCAAGCCGCCGGCGAACAGGCCCAGCGAGGGCGCGCCGAGCAGCAAGCGAGCCAAGCAGCCCACCUUUGACGAGGUGUACAACCAGAGUUCACCAACCAACACAACGGUUUACUGCGGGGGCUUUACCAGCAAUGUUAUCACUGAGGAGUUGAUGCAGAAUACAUUCUCACAGUAUGGCCAGAUACAGGAUAUUAGAGUAUUCCGAGACAAAGGCUAUGCGUUUAUUAGGUUCACAACUAAAGAGGCAGCAGCGCAUGCCAUCGAGGGCACACACAACACUGAGAUUAGUGGACAUGCAGUCAAAUGUUUCUGGGGAAAAGAAAAUGGAGGAACGGGAGAGAGCCAGAGUACACCGAGUACCACAGCAGCUCCUCCGGCCAUGGGCGCGCAGACGCAGGGGUACCCCGGCUACCCGUACCAGCAGCAAGGCAUGGGAUAUUGGUACGCCCAGGGCUACCCGGCGAUACAGGGCUACAUGGCCCCCGGCUACUAUCAGCAAUACGCUACUGCCUAUAGCAAUCCGCAGGCUGCCGCAGCAGCGGGGUACCGCAUGAGCAUGCCGGGCGGCGGCUGGAGCGGGCCGGCGCCCGCGCCCGCGCCCGCGCCCGCGCCGCUCGUGUACCAGGCGCUGCCCUCCGCGCCCUCCUACCCCUCGCAGUAGCCACCACCACCACCACCACCAACCACCAACCACCGCCACCACCACUGGACUGGAUUCUGGCAAGUCUUACCUCUUAACCGAUGUAUGUUGCGACAACGAGCAGCCACCGUCAUCUGAUAUAACCGGACACUGGACCGGAAGGCAUUCGCUGGCAAGUCUAACCUCUUAACCGAUGUAUGUUCCGAGGGUCACCGACAUCUGAUACGGCCGAGCACUGGAUCGAAAAGCAUUAGCCGGCGAGUCUAACCAUAGUACGAACCCGAUAUAUGUUGCAAUAUACACUGUCAUUUUCAGUUUUAUAAUUCGCCGUAACGUUCACAAAAUAUCUGUAAUCUAACCGAACUCUGCAAUGUAAACUGUCUUUUUUUUUAACACUCAACAGUGAUUCCAUUAGAUCAUUUAGACCUCUUUUAUCAGAAUCAUGUCGGCUACUUCGAGAUCAUGAAUGAGAUCUCGUGGUGACUGUCCAUUCGUUAGCGAUUCUGUCGUAAAACCCUAUUUGCAUUAAAAUUUUCAUGAAACUUUGAUCCUUAAACAAAAUUCAGAAUGUAACAUUUAUUUUUGCUUUGAAAACAGAAAAAUUGUAUCCAGUAAAUUUUCUCACACAUUUUGUUUAUAAUUAAAACUACAAAUAGUCACCCAAACCGACUUAUUAUCUCACAGAUUAGUGGAUUAAAAGUCCAAUUUGGUCCGAAAUCAAUACCGUAAUAUUUUAAACGACUUAACAUUGUUAAUUGGUUCUCCAAAUUGAAUAUGUUAAACAUUGUAAGUAUCACAGAGUAUUUAGACCGAAAAUAUUUGGCUAGAAACCUCCAAUAUUAUGAAAUGACUUGUUAUUUUUCACUCAGCCAUAAACUUUUGACUGACUAAAAGCGGUUGUCAUGAUAAUGAUAUUACCGUAAUGAUAUCAUCCUUGAAUACAUUUUCUAAACUUGCUAUCACCAUUUUGAGCGACUUAUAAAAGUGCCGUUAUAUCAAAACUGCUAUAUGUUUUCUCCAUAACAUAUUAGUUAUUCUAAAGCUAGGUUAAUACAUCAGUCCAUUAUAUAAUAGAUACAUAAUACCAUUCCAUAAGUUCAGUUUCAAAAGUGCCAGCUUUAUCAUUAGUUUUUACCCGAACCAAGUGUCCAAAACUAUCUACACAUCAUAAAAUUAUACUGAAAAUUGCCCAAAUAAGUCUACUUGCCUGUUUAACUACUUUACUGAAUGUAACAUCAAAUUUAUUGUGUUAUAUUACUGGCCUUUUGAUUCAGUGGAUAAUUCGAAUCUUUAGCAAUAUUAGCCUCUAUAGUAAGUGCCUAAAAAAACUGGAACGAUUCAAUUGUGAGAAACAUGAAGCUGCAAUGAAUAAGUUUCAAUAUAUUCGUUUGAAUUAUUCCACAUUUUAUAAGGAAACCUUCCUUUUACAGUCUACAUUGACAUCCAAAUAGCCUUGUUCGAUAGACAAUAAGUUUUGUCAAGUUUUUUCGAUGCUUUUUGAGUUCUUUGAACUGUUUUAUCUACAUUGUCAAUAAAAUUAGCUGUUUCACUAACUUGCAAAUUGUCAUCACAAUCUACAGAAAUAUCUAAAACAUUGAUAGUAGUCACAUAAUAGAAACUUUAUAUGACAAUUUCGCUAAAUUGUCAGGGGAUAUUUGUCAAGUUAGUGAAAUAGGGUCCUUUUACUCUAAUUUUGUAUGAGGUUGUUUUUGGAACUGUUACAAAGCAGAUGGACCAAUUUCGACUUUAUGGCUGGUUAAAUACACUAGUGUAUUGCACUAGUGUAGUGCAAUGAACAUAGAUCACUGUGGAAUUUUUUAAUGUCCUGGUUUGACUGUAAUUUAAAGGAAACAGAAUGAGUAUAAGACUAAAAAACCUUUGGGAUUGUUAACAGACAAGUCAAUAUAAAGUUGCCCUAAUUUUUUGUACUUUGAUCUCUCAGUUAAUUUUGGCAUUUUCACCUACCUUUCCACAAUAUAAAAUCUCAAGAUCUCUAUAAAGAUUGACAAAAUGUAUGAUUUAUUAUAAUUUGUCUCGUGAAACAAUCUUAACAGGCCCCGUAGCCGAAUGGCAUUUCUCCGACGCCAAACGAAAGCGAUACGCCGCUGGCUCUGUCGCGCCAAUACGCAAGCGCGAUAGAGAUAGAUAUCUACUAGCGCUUCGUUUCGUGAGCGUUUCGUGAGCGUUUGUGCCAUUCGGCUAGCCACCCUGUUUUGACUCCCUAUUUCAUAUCGAUCUGAUGAGAUGACGGAUAUAUCUAGAAAGACAUUAGGUUCAAUUUUAACUAUAUAACUCCCGUGAGACUCAAACAUAUUUAAAAAUAUUUUAAGCGGGUUACUCACGUGUUAAGUCGAUAUAACGUUCGACAUGUUUCGAUCCAUUUCCGAGCAGAUUCCGAGACACGUAAACUCUUAAGAAAGAUCCUCGGAAAUGGAUCGAAACAUGUAGAACGUUAUAUCGACUUAAACAAAAAAUCAUUUAUUUCAAGCCUAUUGUUGCUCAUACAGGUUGAUUCCAUACUAUAUUAUAUUAUAAAUAAAUACUUAACUCGCUUAAAAUAUUUUUAAAUACAUUAGGUUCAAUUUUGAUUGGCAGUAGAUUUUUGACAGUCUACUAAUAAAGUAAGACGCCGAUGUAUAAAAUGUCCUAUGCUUACAUGCGUAUAUAGAUUUCCAUAUUAGUUAUAGAAAUACAGAAGUAUUUUAUACGGAAAAAUGUAACAUACUUGUCGGCAAUAAGGUACAUUUAAUUGUAAAGUCGUUGGUAUAGUUAUUUAAGGUUUUCACACACUGACAUCACUGUGUCUGCAUGUUGGGUGGCUAGCCAAGAUGUCCAUUUGUGGCACAAGUGACACGAUUGGCAUCUUUGCUUUGCCUUGAAACUUUAUAUCGUCCCUAGUUGGAAUGUUUUUGACUGAUAUACUUGGUAAUAUUGAUAUUCUGCCUUUGUGGUGUUAGUGUGUGUAAAACCUAAAGGUGAUGCACGAUUAGUCAGUUUCUAUACCUCUCGCAUAUACAUAUUGUAUAAAUCACUUAGUUUCGCAAGGUAUAGGAACCAGCUAGUUUUGAUUUGAAGUGCUACCUUUGAACCCAAAGCAUGCUAAGAAAUAUAGAAUUGUAAUAUUUUCUACGCAAACAUAACUUUAAGUACUGAUGUGUCGGAAUAUUUCAAAAAGUUGCGAAAUUUCCAUGUAGAACAUCCAAAAAGUUUCCGUUAUAUCCUGUGAAGUUUCCAACUUUUUGGUAAUAUUUUCGAAACCAGUACCCCUGUAACUGUAAGGGUUCUACCUAAGAUCAUUAUUUAGUAUGACUGUCAACGAUAUGUAUUUUAUAGGACUAUUCUUUAGAUGUAUUUGUUUUUGAAGUGGUUAUUGACGGAAGGUACAAAUUGUUAAUGUCAUUGGUGGACUUAAGGCCUAACCUUCGUGGUUUAAGUUAACCAUAUCCUAGGCACUAUUGUCAGAAAUUGCACAAAACUACCGUCCAGUGGUCUGGGCUCGUAGUUCUGUACCAGUGUAAAGCUAUGUCCACACUUUAGAAAAAAAAAGGAUGAAUUGAUAACCUUCUCCCUUGAGAUUUGGAAGUUGGUUAAAAAUCGCUGUGGAUUCGCUCUUUGUCUGAUCUAACUCUUGAGUAAAGCGUGAAAAUGUCAUUAUAAAUGUCAAAUUUGACAUUAAUAAUGACGUGGCCACACUUUGUUAAAAUGAGUUAGCGUGGUCAGAGUGUAGGCGGUUUAAACGUGGACAAUGUAAAAAGUAAGUCGAUGAAGGACAUACUAAACAUGUUUAGUAACUGUCCCGACCACUGGCAAGGUAACUCGCCUUACUAUCAUCCGAUACUGGCCAAAUUCCUGUACAUUUUGUACAUGUAGAAUAGGCAGUUAGCGGCGUACUGCCGGCACCUACAUAGAUAGGACAUAACGAAAUAAAUUAUAAAUUUUUAAAAAACGUUAUAAAUAUAUAGUGGAGGGCACGACAUUCUCGUGUAUAUAGGUUGAUAUUUAUUGCCGCCCGGACUGGAGGCGGAACAAAACGUGACGCGAGUCGGUGGAUAUUGACGCGCGUUUAGUCCAAUCUAAUUGUAUUAUUGUCUAUGACGAGAAUCGGCUAUUAAGGCCAGUCCAGACGGGAAGAUUUUUUACCCUGUGAUCCCAACUCGGUUCCAUUACCUAUAAGAUUGUGGCAAAUCGAAACAAGGCGCGUUUGAAGGCUUUCUCUUUAAUUUAGAGGUCGGAUGUUACCAUAUAUAUAUAAUUGUGUACGUGUGAACACUAGACGAGAUUGAUGCCAUUUUGUUCGAUUGCUCAAUCUAAUCAUCCCGUUUGGACUGGUCAUAGUACGAUUCCGGUCAUAGACAUUCUUUUUUUUUUUUUACUAAACACGCGUCACGUUUCACCAGUUCGCCUCGAACCUCCGCUAUAACCAGACCGUAAUUAUAAGUUCGACACAUGUUGUUUUGUUUGACCAAUUGUUAUGAUUUAUUGUAUACACUGGUAAGUCAAUAAAGCAGUGGGUCUGGU